AUGGUGGCCAAAACUAACCCAGGAUCUGUUGCCAAGUUUACAUAUGGAAGAAAAGAACUGAUGUUGAAACCUGCAUAUGCAUAUUUCAAGUUUGAGACUAUGACAAUAUCAUUUGUUGCACCAAUGAAAGCCUUUCAGGAGUCUUGCAGAUGUGUUGUAGGGUUUGAGGCAUGCCAUCUUACUGGCAAGUGGGGUGGUGUCUUAAUGGCUGCAACAACACUUGAUGGUGAGAAUAGAUUAGUGCCUCUAGGUAUUGGAGUGGCUAGAAGUGAAACCAAAGAAAACUGGCACAAUUACAAGAAUUUCAAGAAAACUUAUAAGUCCCCCACAUUGCACAGCUCAAUGUGGAAUGCUUCCAAAGCCUACAAGAUAAAGCAUUUUGAGGAACAUAUGACUGUUAUGUACCAAGAAAAUGCUAAAGCUGCAGAGUAUCUUAUGAAACAAGGUUACCAGAAUUGGGCUAGGGAUUUUUUUGAUCCCAUUAGUUGUUGUGAGCAUCUCAAUAAAAUUUUUUCUGAAUCUUUUAAUUCAAUGGCUACUGAACUGAGAGAUAAACCUAUAGUUAUUCUUGGCAUGUUGUAUGGUGAGUUGGUGAUGAAAAUGUUUACAAAGAGAAGGGAACAAUGUACAAAGUGGAAAUCUGGAGAUUUGGUUCCUAAAGCUAAGGACCUUAUCAAAAAAAUGCUUGCCAUUAGUGAAAAAUUUCAUGUUCAGGCUAGUGUGGUUGGGGAGUGGCAGUUUAGGGGAUUCCCCUGUCAACAUGUUGUGUCUUCAUUGAAGACAUUCUCACCAAAUUGGGCUGAUUAUUGCUCUCCUUACUAUUCAGUGGAUUAUUAUAGGACCAUAUAUGCUCCAAAUGUUUUUCCAUUGGAAGACAUUUCUGACUAUCCAGAGCCACCAAUGGAAAACAAGAUACUACACCCUCCCAGCCAAAGAAAGCCUGGCAGACCUCAUUCAAAGAGGAGAAGAAGUUAUGAUGAACCUCAAACUGAGAAGAAGAAAAGGAAGUGUGGUGAUGUUGGUAAGAAUCAAACUGGAUAUAGGCCAAGAACUGAGUGUGAUGCUACAAACUUCACUUUCACAAACAUAGAUGGAGCUGAAACUAGCACUGCAAGGGGAAAAGCAAAGAAUAAAGGUAAAUCAUCAUAUGUUGGUGAGUCCUCUGCAAGAACAUCCUCACAUGGAAAACCACCUCCAGUACCAAACACUCAAAGAUCUGCAGGGCCUAGUAACACACAAAGUUUCAGUCAAGCUUUUGCUGGUAUUGGAUAUGUGGCUCAGAAUAUUGCUACUGUUACACAGGGUAAGGGAAAGCAGGGAAAGAAAAAUGCAAAGAAGAAGUAA